AUGAGCCGUGCUACAAAACUACUCUCCAUUCCUCUGUUGCUUCCUCCAGCUGGCACCAUCAAUUCACCUCUACCUGAUCUAGUAUCUUCUUUCAAUUGUGGUGGUCCCGGUUUUGGUCCCACUUGUCAACUUAUCCACUUGCACGAUGCUUUGGGAAGACCUAUAAUUCCAACAAUUUCUCCACGUGUGGAUCAAGGGGUUGAUAAAUUACCAACCGGGUGGACUGCAUAUCGACGUAAUUACCUCUCCCUAUCAGCAGCAUACUCAUUUGAAAAUGCCAUUAAAGGCGACUCAUAUAUCGAUAACCAGAAGGUGAAACAAUUCCUCAUUCAUUUACGUUUGCACAGCUUCGAUGAUGACAGCGUCCAGUUUCCCUUAGCAAUUGUCAGUCGAGACCGGGACAAAAGAUACAAGUUAGUGCCAGUCCCGGUGGGCAGUGGCCAAUUGAAUGACCCUUCAGAUCUCAAGCAGAGAGUGACCAAAACGAUCUCUCCAGAAAUCGUUAAAGCAAAGCAAGGGGAGUUUGUGAGAUACACCAGGCUUCAAGUGGAUUCAUCCAGUUGGUCUCUGCCCGUGCGCUAUAAACAGGGAACGCAAUUGGUGGUAGAAUUAUGGGCAGUCACUGAGACAGAGGAAAAAUUUAUGGUCGCUUUCUCGGAGCUGGAUAAAAUUCUCUUUACACUGACGCUGCGCAACCUGAUUCAAUCACCAGAAGGCUCUCCAUGUAGACGUCGCAAAAGAACUCUUGAUGAUAGUUAUUCUAAGCCGAAGCGGUUGUGCCUUGAAUCCGAUUGGUUUAGAGCUCCAGACGAACCGACAACAGAAAAUUUGGCCUCGGAAGAGCAAGACUGGUUUGUUUUACCGGAAUCAUCUGUUAUAGCAAUUGAGGAUCCCAUCUAUUUGGUGGGUUCCCCUGAAAAAUAUUGCGCAGAAGGUACGCAACUCCCCGGUAUGUUUGACCGACAACAAGGGUACUUGGACCCGCCCAUGACGCCGAAUCCCACCCACCUCUUUUCCCCCUUUGCAACAAGUACUCCCAACAAUGCCCUUCAUUCGACUUAUCCGGGUUACGAGUACUGGGAAGAGAUACCCAUGGCCCUCUUUGAUGACUGUGGCCAAUCAGACUCACCUCUGAAGUAG